AUGGACAGCGUGUUGAAUAGGCUAAACGUCAUUUCUUAUUCCAUGGCCUUGUGCUUUUUGACUCUAUGUCUUUUCAACUAUGGAACUUCCUUUUAUUUAUUCGACGAGAAUGAAAUGUCGACGAAUAUAAAAGUAAAAAGUGUGAAGAGGCUGGUGUAUAACCGGCACAUAAAAGGGGACGAAGCAGUUUUGUCGCUAGACGUAUCAUAUGACAUGAGCAAAGCAUUUAAUUGGAACUUGAAGCAGCUGUUUCUGUAUGUUCUAGUGACGUAUGAAACGCCACAAAAGCUAAGAAACGAGGUUAUCAUACAGGAUUAUAUAAUAACCGAUAAAAAAAUGGCCAAAAAAACCUACAAAAAUUUGCUCACCAAAUAUUCCCUUAAAGAUUAUAAUAAUGGAUUAAGAAAUAAUAAGAUUAAUUUACAAGUCUGUUACAAAUAUAUGCCCAUAGUUGGUUUGUCCAGAUCUUAUGAGGGUGCCAAAAUUUCGUACAAAUUGCCUGGAGAGUAUUUUGACAAUUUGUCUUCCAAUUAUCCGUUGUAUUACCCGGACAAGUGCGUAAAAUGUAGUGCGCUCGAAUUAUGUGACAACGGAGAAAAUGUGUGGUCCUUUAAAAAUAUGUGCACGAAGGAAAGGGGAGAAGAGUACGUAGAACUGUGUAGGAACGUACGAACCGAUCAAGUGUAUAGUUUUCAAAUUGCCUGUCUUAAAGAAGAUGUUUGUUUGAAUCAUAAAGAAGGGAAAAGUUGCCUGGAAGGGAAUAAAUUAAUCCAGUGCAAAAUUUGUGAUGAAAAUUUCAGAUACCAUUUCGUAACCCCAGUGAAGCGUCCCUGCGUGCUUUGUAGUUUUGCAACGUACGCUGUUUCGCUGUACUUCAUCGCCCUGGGCUUCUUUCUAAGCAUUUUAAUAAUCACUUGUAUAGAAAGGGAAAGAGAAAUGAAAAUAAUAAGACUGGUUAUUAAAUAUACGCAGUUUAUGUCCCUCCUGAGAUACGUGAAUUCCAAUUAUAGUCACUUCCUUUUAGACGCGCUGCACUUCUUCACGAUCGGAGUGCCGCUGAAUGAAGUCCUAGACUGUAUAUUCGCGAGGGGUACAAACGGAGAAAGGAUUGAAAAGAAGGUUCAUUUUUUGCUAUUCUUGCCUCUGCUCUUUUUAGUAUUCUCCCUUUUGGGAACAAUUGUCCUUCGCCUGUUAACAAGAAAGAACAAGCGCAAAAGAGAACACAGUGGCAAAUAUUUUGCGCAUAUUUUCAUUUUAUACCAUGAAUAUUUGUACUUGGAAAUAAUAAGGUUAUGUGUUUUUUUUUAUUUUUGUAAUUAUGAUGAACAGAGGAGAGGCGACUUUUUGAUAGUGGACGAUUCGUUAGAGUGCACAAAAAUGAGACGAAAAUAUUAUGUAAAAAUAUGGAUAAUCAUACUAUACAAUACGUUUGUUAAUUAUUUCCACUACUUUCUAUUUUUUCUGAAGAAAUAUAUUCUUAGUUUAGACGUCUUAUGUGUGUUAAAAGCAAAGGUAAGUACGCUUAGCCCUCCGGAUGACAUUUUCUUGCUGCUCUUUUUGUUUUUUUUCCACAAACGAUUUUUUAACAACGUGAAGGCAUCUCUAAUUGUUAAUCAUAAGAAUGGUAUAUAUAACAAUAAUGUGCACACGUUUCAGUUUGUUCUCAUUACCGUGUUGUUUUCUCUCUAUACGUUAAUUACAUUUUUAUGCGUCUACCAAUGUGACGAUUGCGCGGGGGAAGAAAAACUGGACGAACUAGGAAAUAGGGGAAAUGUGGGGCAUAUUGUGAGGGCGUUCCAAGUUUAUGAGGAAGAAGAAGGGAGAAAAAAAGAGGCCAAGAAAUCCGACGUCGCCACGGAGAAGAGUGAUAACAAUGACGGAGAAGCAGAAAAGGUGGAAUUAAAAAAUGGAGGAGUGGGUGUGCCACAUGGUGAGGGGCCGGAGAAACACGAGGAAGAGAGCGAAGAUGAUGGCGCAGUAGAGGCCAAAGAAGAGGACACAAAUGAACACAGACGGGGAACUCCAACAGGGGGUGACAAACAGGACCACCACGCUACCCCAUCCUGUGCUAUCCAAGUGGUAAAUCUGGUAUGCAAAUUAGUUAAAAAACGCACAACUGAGAAAUUCUUUUUCUACUUUUCCAUGUUUGUGCAUGUCACCAUUUCGCUCUCAUACUACACCUUUUUAAGCUACGUGCAUGCAAGAAAUUUCCUGGGGGUGCUGACAACCAUUUCACUGCUAUGCAAUGGGUUGAUUUAUGCGACCAUUUUCUUUCUGCUCAUAAAAUUGGGAAGAAGGAAUAACCUGAAGAAGGACAAUAAAAAAUGGUUGAGAAUUGGCGGCAUCAGAAGGAGGAUAGGGAAGGCAAAAUGGGUGGGCAUAUGGAGAAGAAGGAAAACAAGCGGAAAAGAACAGGAAGAAACAAAUAGGAAUCAUGUGGUAAAAUUGAAAGAAGGAAAUCACAAAAUGGAGGAGAAAUACUUUUUGAAAAAUGAAAAAAGGAGUAUCAUGUUGAUAAAUAAUAUCCUGAAGAACAGCAAAAGUUUUGAGGUUCAUUUUGGUGAAGCAGCUCCCAAGUCAGAAAAUGAAAACUCCGUUAAGAAGAAGGAAAGAAAUAAAUUUAUCAGAAGGUACAAAUUACUAAAAAUAUCCAAAAAGUGGAUUAUAUUUCUUCAAAAUAUUGUAGAUCUAUCCGAUGAACCCGAGAAGUGCUUGUCUAUGUUGAUCAGCUUAACGCUAGAGAAGGAAUUCCCCAGCCUCGAUUUAGACGGCUGUUUGGAAAUAGUAAAGAGGAAUUAUUUCGCCACAAUGAACAAUGUGCCAGCCAUUUUGAAGAACUUUCUCAAAUACACGAAUAAGUUUUUAGCCCUUCUGGAGAGAAGGAAAAAAGGAGAAAAGAAAAAUUCGAAAGGGGGAAGAAGCGGAGGAGGAAGCGAUGGAGGAAGCAAAUGCGCAUACGGACGCAUAAACGACUGCGACGAGUCGGCAAUCAUUUUCGCAUGGGGGUUAAGCAUUCUCAGUUUCGGAAAUCUGCAAGACGUAAACUAUAACCUGUCUCCUGUUCUAUUUCACGUUUCAAAUGUGCUAGCCAAAUGCAGAUAUAUGAAGUACAUAAUUGAUUACUAUUUUAGGUAUAGACCCUGUUUUGGGAUUCUUCCUAUUGGGGGGUUGGGAAAUUACUACCUCCCCCGUCAGACGACUACGGGGGACACACUACUCAUUUGUGACGCUAUUAAUAACGGGUAUGGAGACCAAGAAGGGGAAGGCAAUUUUAAUAUGGUUGGACCCGGAGGGGUGGAAGACGAAACUAUAGUUUUCGAAGUGUCAGGCGAGGGAAAACACCCAGAUGGAUAUAUAAAUGGGAAGAUCGAGGAGCUCAAUGUAGAUGCGGCAAAUCAGCAAGCGUGUUUAAGUCCACGAUUUACCCAUACUAAGAAGACGGAGAGCUACCCAGGCGAGCUAGCCAUUUCGGUAUGGGGUUGUACACCGAGUAGAAAAACUCAAUCUGGUUUAAGCAACAGGAGAAGAGGCGCCCCAGGAAGGAGAGACAAUCAGGUGGGAGAUGGACUCCGCCUUGAAUUUGACCUUAACCGCAUAUACUCCAAGGAACUUUGCAGAAUUUACGUGCAUUGCUUAUUGGCAGAUGUGAGCGAGAUGUACAGAGGGAUACACUACACACAGACGUGCGAAAAGUACCUAUGCAGUGGGGUUUUAAACCUAUGGGGGGAGCAAUACAAGAGCAGUAGCAAUAUGUAUAUGAGGCGGUAUUACGAACAUUUGGAGAGGGGGGCAGAACUGGAGGAGAACAUCGUGGGUGAUCCAUCCUCACGAGGGAAAAUUCAACAGGGAGAUAGGGAUCCAAGGGAACCAAUUUUCAACAUAGAAGAUUACAUAAGCAGCAGGGUCAUAGAAAUAGAUUUUUAUGGACAAUUUGAGCACCUAAAGCCUGCCACGAAAAGUUAUUUAAUGAGCCUCAUUAAAGAAGGGGACUCUUUACAUGUGAAGGAGUUAACAAACUUUUCGGAGGUGACUCGAGAUAGAUCGAAAGAAAUGGAGAGAAAAGAAAAGGAAGAAAAAGAAAAAAAAAGAAAACGAAAAAAUGAACAAUUUUGCAAAGUUUUCUGUAGCGCUUUGGCAGUGUGCAUAGAAAAACGCUGUUGGGAAUUUCUGGACAAAAAUGAACUGACACAGAUUGAAGAGGAAAAAAGACAAAGAAGAAAUUUCACAAUUUCGUGUGAAAACAUGGGGGAGGAAUAUUUUAAUGUACAUGUAUUGAAAAAUUAUGAAGAAAAAGUGACCUACUUUAAGAUUGACUGCUAUGGAGGGGUCAUUUCGGUUGGUGGAGAAUUUUUGAACAAGAAAGGGGAGUUCCUCUGUGUGCACAAAAAGGACAAAGUACGGAGAAAGACAGCUUCGGAGGGGGAUAGAAAAGCCGAAACAAAUUUUACGGAAGAAAAACACGACAAUUUCUUAACCGAAGAGAGUGUCCAGAAGUUGAACACAAACAUGCGGAGUUAUUUAAGUUACGAACGUGUGGAGGAUUCCAAAAUGGAAAUAUUUACUCACAACAGUUACGAAGGUGACGUAGGAAUUACAGGAGAUUUGAAGGGAAUGAAUUUUCAUGAUAGAAAUGCACUAGUGGUCCUAACCCCCCCAGUGGUUAUACCUACAGAGUGCACCAUAGAGGUGUGGCUAUUUCUUGCUUCAAGAGGAGCCACAAAUGGACGGGAAAAGACUUUCCUCUUUUGUGACAUGGAAGGAAAUUCCCCAUUCGUCAUUUCGAGAAUGGGAAACAAAAUUGAGGAUAUAGAAAUACACGUCAGUGAUAAGCGCAGGUUAAGCCGUUACUUUAGACAACUGCACAGUGAGGGGCAGAGAGGACCCAUGGACGAGGCGAAGAGUGGUGAGAAGGAAAACCCUUGGAACGUCUACAUAAAAUGCGAGAAGACUGCCAAAUGGAAUAAAAUAAACUCCAUAGUGAAGCAAAAUGAGUGGAACUUAUUAAAUAUAACCAAAUGUGCUAGUGGAUUAAUUUACUACAUAAAUGGGAAGUACAUGAACAGCGUCUCGCACGAAGUGCUAAAUUUAGAGAAACAAUUACAGAUGAGCAUAUUUGGAAAUUCCUGCUUUGGAAAUAAUAACAUAGGAUUAUGUUCCUCUUUUAAAAUCUUCGAGUUUUUAAAAAAGGAAGAGAUAAAGAGAAGAUACGAAAUUGUGAAGAAAGUCAAAGGAAGAGAAAUGAUUGGAGACAACCUCUUCAUGGAGAUGAAAGACCAAGUAAUAGAAGGCAUAGAUGUCAGAGAUAAAUCCAUGCAGGUUUUGGAAUUUUUCAUAUACUUUGCACAAUCGCAGAAGGCGAAGACGGGGGUAGUUGCCUUCACCAAUGACUUGAAUUACAGAGUGAGAAUGUAUCAGCUACGCUUGGUUUCUAAGUACACAGGUGACACUUCUCCAGGGAGGGGAAACAGUCCUGGGAAAACUCCCCCCCCAAGGGCACAUUUGUACGAAAGAAACAGUAAAGAGUUACACGACAGAGGAAACAAAUUAGGGUUGACGAAUCGACCAAAUGGUGAAGUAGAGGAAUGUGGAAACCUCCACAGGAAAUGCGAAAAAAUAAUUCACAUAGAUGAUAAGGAAGAGUAUGGCUACAAUGUGUACUUGAAAAAAGUGAGAAGAAAGGAAGACGCUCCCAAAAUUUACGGAAUCAAUAUUUUUUCUGACCUCCUUUGCUAUGCAUGCGAUUUGUCCAAAUUUUAUAACCUAAUUGUUGACCCGCCUUUAUCCAUAUAUAACGAAUUAGUAAAACCGUUUGGGUAUACGCUAUCCCUUUGGGUGUUCCUGCCCAUAGAAGAAAACGUUUCGUUUUCUUCGAUAGUUAGUGGAGAAAAGGAUGCACAUAUAAGCGUUUUUAGCGAUAGGCUAGUUAUCGGAUGCGUUGAGAAUUACAAAAGGGGGGAGAAGCAGGGCCAAACCUUUUACCACUCUUCUGGAUUUAGCAUCAGGAAUGUGAAGAGGGGGUGGUACUACCUAACAGUCGUUGGAACUUUAAAGGGGCAAUUUUACUUUAUAAAUGGCUGCUUCAAGGGACAUCAUAAUUUUUGCUCCUUUGAUGAUAUAAAAUAUGUAGGAAAUAGUAGCUUGUUUAUUAACCCAUUUCCCUAUAUCUGUUUCUUCAAAAUGGUGACGAAGCCUUUAUCUGUCACUGAAAUUAUGUGUGAAUAUACAUGCCCUGCUUAUGAUAAGUUAGCUGUUUCUCCCGGUUCUGCUUAUUGGUACCUACUUUUUGCAAACCUCUUUGGAAGAACAGCCGCCAAUAACGGCAGCGUGGACUCCCUGAGUGAUAAAUCUACGUCUUCCAUUGGUUCAGACAAGGGGAAGUAUGUCCACUUUGAAAUUACAGAAUUUUUUGAUGUGCACGUUUAUCCAUACCAAGAGAGGAAAGAUUACCAGUUCGCGUUAUCCGUUACGUCUCUGGGGAACAGAAAGUUAUUUUUUUUUAACAGAAAAAAGGAGCAGAUUAAUAAUUUGAAUAUAUACCUGAACGUCAGCAUAGUCUUGCCUUCAUGUUGGGCAAUUUUUGCUGUCAUCAGUUUGGCGUAUGUGAAUAAAUCUAACUAUCACUGUUUGGUGGGGGGGGGAAAUGGAAAUUCACAUAUUGCCAUUAAGGGCUCCAAUUUAGCCUUAGGAGUUUUAACACACUUGGGGAAGGACAUUUUGCAGAAGGGGGAGAUACCUGCUGAGGUCACAAAUGGGGAAAGAAUGAACCAUUUCGUACGGGGUUCCUUUUCAAAUGAUAAAAAAGAGGCCGCAUCGGGAGGUACCAAUGAAAUGGGUAAUACAGCCCAAUGCCAAACGGGCAGCAAUAUGUAUUACCAGAAUUAUCAACAUUUUCACAGCUCAGGGUACUACCUCCAGAAGGAUCUGAACGAGGAAAUUCUAUUAACAACCAGGUGUCGACAGAAUGAGCAGACCUUUUUCAUUGACUCGCAUGAGGUGGGAGUGUGCAAAUCGUGUCUCAGUCCCAUAUGCUGCAUUGGAAACUGUCGAUCUGUCAGUGGCGAGUAUUUGUCUCCCUUCGGUUUUUACAAAUUUGUGCGGGUCGUUUUUGGGGAUGUUACUGAUGAACAGGUCGUCCAGUUUCACCGCUCCCUUCCUUUGCGGGGGGAGUACAAGUAA